CUGUCCAAACCACACAUACAGAUAACACAUUAAUGAUUUAUUGAUAUUAUACUACAUAACUGUUAUUCUAUUUAAGAGUAAAUCACAAGAUGCUUUCAAAUUCAUGUCACAGGACCCGCCGCAACACUGACCAGGAUGAAGUGGCGUGAGUGCGAGUUCUGUACCCGUUUAUGUUUAAAUACAGUGGGCGUGGUUAGACCGUUUAUGGGCGGGGUUACACUCAUGAGCAGCGGGUGGGCGGGGCUUCAGUGUGUCAGUCACAGACUGAGGCGCUGAGAGAGGAUCAGUCGGAGCAGCUUUACUGAGAGUGAACCAGUGUAGAAACGACGUUCAAACAUGAGAACCGGUAUCCUGCUACUGCUGGGGCUGCCAGUGCUGCUGGCGCAGACGUUCGAUAACGACUACAGAGAAGGAUUCGACACGUACAAAUUUGAUCCUGAUGAGAGCUACGAUCACAUUCCAGAAAUUGCACAGCAGCUUUCGCAGCACAGUACAGGACAACAGACAGUGCUCGACCUGGAGACAGAACCCACAGAGCCUGGACCAGUGGACUGUCGUGAGGAGCAGUACCCCUGCACUAGACUCUACUCCGUCCACCAGCCCUGUAAACAAUGUCUCAACAGCAUCUGCUUCUACAGUCUGCGCAGGACCUACGUGAUAAACAGGGAGAUCUGUGUGAGGACCGUGUGCGCCCACGAGGAACUGCUUAAAGCCGAUCUGUGCCGGGACCAGUACCCUCGCUGUGGGGUCGCGGCUCUGACCGGGCAGUGUGGGUCGAUGGGAGGGAGCUGUGGAAGAAGCUGUGGAGGCUGUUAAACACACACACACACACACACCUGUACACACUUCACCCUUUUCCACAUGGUGCCAGGGUAAAUUUAAAACCAUUCUGCCGUCGUCUACAGUAGAAUAAGCUGCAAUGCUAAUAUUACCGGGGUAAAUCAGUAGCCUAGUGGACUACUGAGUAAAACUGUUCACUUAUUCAGCGUGCUCUAGUGUCUGCUGUACGACCGUCACUGUGUGUGCUCGUUACAUCCCUAAUUAACGCCUCUCUGUAUGAUGCAGCUUUACUAAUGAACCAGUAAUUAACCAGAUCAUAAUUAAUGUGUGCUGUACUAUAAUUUAUAAGACGACGUCCACAGACCCUGCAUGUUACGUUACAUAUAAACAAUAAUAACCAAUAAUAAUAUUCUGUAUUUUUAUCUGUGGGGUGGAAAACACUCAACACUUGUUUUAUAUGUUAAAGGUGCUAAUCAACAUUUCCACAGGCUCUGUAAACAAACUCACACCUUCAUGCAAGCACUCGGACGUCUCGUCUCUAUUACUGUACUGACCUGUACUGACCUGUACUGUACUGACCUGUACUGACCUGUACUGUACUGACCUGUACUGUACUGUACUGACCUGUACUGUACUGUACUGACCUGUACUGUACUGACCUGUACUGUACUG